CGCUAGCGAGGGCUGGGGGAGCCCGCACUGGAUUACAAAUGAGCGGCGCGGAGAGCCCGGCAUGGCCCGCGGGGAUCCGGCCACGUAGAGCUUGAGGGAGCGGCCCCAGGCUGCACAGUCACUAUGAACAAUGGCCCAGCUAUACUACAAAAAAGUAAACUACUCGCCCUACCGAGAUCGGAUCCCACUGCAGAUUGUGCGGGCAGAGGCAGAGCUCUCCGUGGAAGAGAAGGCCUACCUCAGUGCUGUAGAGAAGGGCGACUAUGCCAGCGUGAAACAUUCCCUCCAAGAGGCUGAAAUCUAUUACAACAUCAACAUCAACUGUAUGGAUCCUCUUGGACGCAGUGCCCUUUUAAUAGCCAUAGAGAAUGAAAACCUGGAGAUCAUGGAGUUGCUGUUGAGCCACAGCGUGUACGUUGGGGAUGCCCUGCUGUACGCGAUACGGAAGGAGGUGGUGGGGGCUGUGGAGCUGCUCCUGAAUUACAGAAAACCAAGUGGUGAAAAACAGGUCCCUACCUUGAUGAUGGACACGCAGUUUUCAGAAUUCACCCCGGAUAUCACCCCAAUCAUGCUGGCGGCUCAUACCAACAACUAUGAAAUCAUCAAACUGCUAGUCCAAAGACGGGUAACAAUUCCGCGCCCUCACCAGAUCAGGUGCAACUGUGUGGAGUGUGUCUCCAGCUCUGAGGUGGACAGCCUGAGGCAUUCCCGGUCGAGGCUGAACAUCUACAAAGCGUUAGCCAGCCCUUCGCUGAUUGCCUUAUCGAGCGAGGACCCUAUUUUGACAGCCUUCCGGCUGGGCUGGGAGUUAAAGGAGCUCAGCAAGGUGGAAAAUGAGUUCAAGGCAGAAUAUGAAGAGCUCUCCCAGCAGUGCAAGCGUUUUGCUAAGGAUCUUCUGGAUCAGGCACGGAGUUCCAGGGAGCUAGAAAUCAUUCUUAACCACAGGGAUGAUCAAAGUGAAGAGCUGGAUCCCCAAAAAUGUCAUGAUUUGGCUAAGCUAAAGGUAGCAAUAAAGUAUCACCAGAAAGAGUUUGUUGCUCAGCCAAACUGCCAGCAGUUGCUAGCUACACUGUGGUAUGACGGCUUUCCAGGAUGGAGGCGGAAACACUGGGCAGUGAAACUCUUGACCUGCAUCACCAUUGGACUGCUAUUUCCAGUGCUUUCUGUGGUGUAUUUGAUUGCACCUAAGAGCAGGCUGGGACUGUUCAUUAAAAAGCCAUUUAUAAAGUUUAUCUGCCACACCGGUUCUUACUUAACCUUCCUCUUCAUGCUCCUGCUGGCAUCGCAGCAUAUCGUCAGGACAGAUCUCCAUGUGCAGGGACCACCGCCCACCAUCGUUGAGUGGAUGAUCCUACCGUGGGUUCUAGGUUUUAUUUGGGGAGAAAUCAAGGAGAUGUGGGAUGGUGGAUUCAACGAGUACAUACAUGACUGGUGGAAUCUGAUGGAUUUUGCAAUGAACUCACUCUACCUUGCAACUAUCUCCCUUAAAAUUGUUGCCUAUGUCAAGUAUAACGGCUCCCGUCCAAGGGAAGAAUGGGAAAUGUGGCACCCGACGCUCAUUGCAGAAGCCCUCUUUGCAAUAUCCAAUAUUUUAAGUUCCUUGCGUCUCAUAUCCCUGUUUACAGCAAAUUCCCACCUGGGACCCUUGCAGAUCUCUCUGGGGCGCAUGCUGCUAGACAUUCUCAAAUUCCUCUUCAUCUACUGCCUGGUGCUUCUGGCUUUUGCCAAUGGACUGAACCAGCUUUAUUUUUAUUAUGAGACCAGUGCCUCAGAGGAACCCAACAACUGCAAGGGGAUCCGAUGUGAGAAACAGAACAAUGCCUUCUCCACACUUUUUGAGACCCUCCAGUCACUCUUCUGGUCUGUGUUCGGUCUGUUGAAUCUCUACGUCACCAAUGUGAAAGCCCGCCAUGAGUUCACCGAAUUUGUUGGGGCCACCAUGUUUGGAACCUACAAUGUUAUCUCCCUGGUUGUGCUGUUGAACAUGCUCAUAGCCAUGAUGAACAACUCCUACCAGCUCAUUGCUGACCAUGCAGACAUUGAGUGGAAGUUUGCAAGGACCAAGCUCUGGAUGAGUUACUUCGAUGAAGGCGCCACACUGCCCCCUCCUUUUAACAUUAUCCCAAGUCCCAAGUCAAUCUGGUACCUUUGCAAGUGGAUUCAUUAUCGACUGUGUCCCGGCAAGGACUCUGAGGAUGAACAGAAGAGGCAUGAAAACCUAAAAACAUUUACAGAACGGCACGCUGACAACCUGAUCCAGAAUCAACAUUACCAGGAAGUGAUCAGAAAUCUAGUAAAAAGAUACGUUGCAGCAAUGAUAAGAAAUUCCAAAACCAAUGAGGGGUUAACUGAAGAAAAUUUUAAGGAAUUAAAGCAGGACAUCUCUAGCUUUCGCUAUGAAGUUCUUGACCUUCUGGGAAACAGGAAACCCCAGAGGAGGAGUUACUCCACCAGCAGCACAGAGGUCUCCCAAAAGGAUGACGCAAAUGAAGAUGGUGCUGGAGAAAAAGCCAAAGCCAAGAGUGUGUCUUUCAGCAUAGCCAACAAAAAAAAAGACUUUAAUGUGUCAGCGCUCAUUAAAACUAUGUCUGGGAUUGACAUUCCAGAUGAGAAGCCAAAAAGCAAUGGAAUAAAUAAGCGCUCCUUCGUCCGAAAUGGGAAUAGAGUUCAAAGGCUUUCAAGCUCCAAGAAAGAGUCCUUCAAGAGACUGGGCCUUCUGUUCUCCAAGAUGAAUGGACAUCUCCCCGAGCCAAAUUCAGAGCCUAUGUACACUAUUUCAGACGGAGUUAUUCAGCCACAUUACAUGUGGCAGGACAUUAAAUAUUCUCAGAUUGAUAAAGAGAGAGAAGAGAACUGUUCCAAAAGUGAAAUUAACCUCAAUGAGGUGGACUAUAGUGGGAACACGAGACAUACAGGACAGAGCAAGGAAUGCCCUAUGGUCUGUACCAGCUCCCUUCACUGUGCUUCCAGUAUUUGUUCCUCUAACUCCAAACUUAUAGACUCAACAGAGGACGUGUUUGACUCAUGGGGAGAUGCUUGUGACUUGUUUAUAAACCAAUGGAAAGAUGGGCAGGAAGAUCAUGUUACAACUCGGUUAUAAGUAAACCUAUUAAAACCUGCUAUAGACCAUAGCUCAAUAUUUGUAACUGUUUGCUAUCACAGAUGAUUCAGAGUUAGGAUUCCCUUUCAGUCCCUAGAAACAAGCAUAAAACUCUCAUUAUUUUGGUCUAUUUUAUAGCCACCUUUACCACAUUUUUAUUUGCCUUUUUAUACUCACAAAAGCUGAACUAUUUAGUUGUUUUGGCCAUUCAUUUUAAGGAAGUGCAACACAAACCAGCAGAGGUGCAGACUGACAUUCCCUACCAUUUGCCAUGCUCUCCUCUUAUGUGCUUUCUCUAAACCACAGGGUUUCCUUACUGAUGUGGUCUGAGUCUUCAGAUCCCAUAGGGCUCAGAUAUGCUGGUGGCAGAGGAAAGGACCUGAAUAGCAGCUCUCUUUCUCCAAGUUUCAUCUGGUUAGCACUGUUGCUAUUCCUCCCAGUAUUUUGGCCAUCUGCUUAUGUCACUGAUCAACGGUACCAGCUGAUGAAAAGUAGCUUAACCAGAGGCUGAGAACCAAAUUGGAAGAGCUGUAAGAAGGGUUUUCCAGUUAUAACUGGCCUUUUUCUUUUAUUUAAGCAAUACAAUAUCUGAUUAUUUCAGCAGUCUGUGGGUUCUUUUCAGGUUGUAUAUUAUAUUCUUACUGUAAAUUAUUGUUAACAUGAGAUAUAUUUAUCACUCCAUCAGCAUUACACGUUCAGUUCUAUGAUUUGCAUAAGUUCGUCACUGUAUUUCAUUUGUCGGGUACAUUUAGAAAUCCACCAGCAUGCUAGGAGGGAAGAGUUACUUACUACUGAACACUGAAAGAGAAAUGGAGCGGCUGCUCUACUCACUGGUUUUUGCAUAGGGAUGGGCGGGAGGGAGGCACCAUCCAGGAUCCAAAUCCUCCUUCAUGUGCUUGACAUCCAAUCUGAAAUACAGUCUGAAUUUUACAAGGAGCUCCUAUCUGCAUAAUAGGUCGCACCAAACCCCAGAUCUGAAUCCCUUGAAUUGUACAGGUAGUUGGAAUUCAUGCCUCAAUGUUAUGCUCUCUCUCUACUGCUGCAUUAGCUUUUAGCUGUCUACAAAUUCUGAAGAACUGGUAGUGACAGUGUUUUCAGGCAGGAAGCUGCUUUCCUGUUGUGUUACCAACCUGUAAGAAAGAUUGUCGUCUCUGCUCUCAUUAACUGCAUUCCUUAAAACAAGCCAGAGCAACACCAGCCUGAAGUGUAUUUCACAGCCUGGUCAACCCCAUGCAGUUUCUUUUUUAGCUGCAGCCAAACUGAAUGCAGCAGUAGAGGGUGUUUGUUUCCAGUAGGGCUAAAAUGUGCUAGGCACUGCAAAACCAUAAAGAAUAGCAUUGCCUCAUGCCAAAGAGCUUCACAACGUUAGAAAGAUGAGCUGAUGGACAGUACCACACGCAUGUGAUAUAAGCAGUGAUUCUGAUAAUGCAGCAAUGCAUACUUUCUUCAUUUUUGCUGACACGUAGACUGUUGCCAGCGACCCCCUCAGGCUUGCCAUUAUUCGUCAGCCACUUUCUUAUAGGGAUCAGGGUGGAAAUAGGUGCUGAAGAAGCAGUAGCAUUGUAAAUCAUCUCAGAAAUGGUGUUCACAGCAUAUAGGACAGCAUGCAAUAUAGCACGUUAUUCGUAUAUCAAGUAUAAGAGGGCCCAGGUGAUCUAUUAUGGACAUGCACUUAAAGGAAAGUGUCACUGGGUAAUUCAGUAGGGGCAUAUAUGGCUUUGCUCCUUCAAGGUGUUAUGUGCCCUCAGGUCUUACUGAAGUGAAUGGAAGUUGACACUGCCUGGCCUCUCAACCAUGGCAGAAUUAGCUGUUGCCAUGAAUUGGGCUGGGAAGUGUGUUGAGAAAGGAUUUAUUAAUGUUUAAAGUGGCUGAGGCUCCUGCUGCUACCAGUCUUUUUAUGUUUGAGCUGAAAACUUGAGUGGUACCAAGGCUCUCUGGGCUGGACUCUCGAGAUGAAAACUCCCCUUGGAAGAGAUGCUUGAAUGCCCAAGCAUAAAAUAUUUAGCCUUGCCCAAACCACAACCCUGGAUCCCAGACCCAAGAGCUGUCAGACUGUUCCAGAUAGAGACCUGAACUUGGCAGCUGAUGGGACAAAACAAUUUCAUGGGUAUGAACACCUCAGGCUGCUGGAAAGGCUUAAUACAGGUCUUGGACAGGACUUUGGGGAUAGAGGCCACCCUUGUUUGGCAGCAGGCUGAGCCAAUGGUGCAAAUGUAGAAAUAGACCCUCACUCCCUGCUUGCAGACUGCAUCAGUCUAGCUAGCAGAGGACAAAAUACAGCCCUGAUGCUGUCAGCUCUCGUGCUGACAAAGGGCUCAGCACUGUCUGUGAACCUGUAUUUACUCGGCUGCAAAAUGGAAGGGAGGGAAAUGACAUGGUUCCAUGCACCUAACAGUGCAAAAUCCCAGAGUAGAGGUAGGCUGCUGCUUAGUCAUAAACUAAGCCAGCCUCCCAUCCUGCAGACCUAGCUAUGCAUUAGGGUGAUGUUGAGGACAGAUGGAAGGUAACUCCAGUAGAAGUAAUCCCAGGUUGAGACAAGAAUGCUCUAAAACUCACAAACCAGCCUGACAAAGCAUUUUUCUGCAUUUGAAAGAGCUACUAAUUGGAGGUAACAGUAAUGUUGCAAAUCACUUGAUGCAUCUGUUAAUCACUUUAUAAUUUAUGAACCUAAUUCUGAAUGGAUCCAGUCAGCCUUUGUGGUGUUUUCAUGUAAGGCAAGUAGGAAUGAAAGCAAUACUGAGGUGGCAACACAGAUUACAUCAGGAGCCUGGGCUGCAAUCAGGGUUCACAUCACUUUGAUUGUGGGAGACUUAAAUCCAGGAGGACAGCGAGCAUGCUGCUAUUGGCCCUGAUUGCAGCAUGCCAUUCAAAUGCAAUCAUCUGACGUCAGUAAGUCCCAACAUAAGGCAAAGUAAUGCAGUCGCCUCUUUCUACUUGUGCACAACCAGAAUGCAAAAGGCACUUUCCCUUUGUUCUGUCCAUAAAAUGACAGAGGAACUGAGAGGCCGUUAGCUAUAUUAGUCUGAAUUCGGGCAGAAGGCAAGGUAGGUUUUCACUUUAUUUAGAUGUGCGCUUUAUGCACAACUAAAUCAGAGCAUACUUUUUCGUAGACAAUGGGUUUACUUCAUCAGAUGCUGUUUCCACUGCUUACGAAAGCUUAUGCUUUGCAUCUCUGAUCUCAAAUUUACCCUGCCUUCUGCCAGAUAGGAUCUGACAGACACAUUUUAACACAUUAGCUAACACCCUACACAAAAAUCUAUGUUAAAGUUAUGUUGAGGGUGAGACGUAUGUAAUGUAGCCGUGGCUACUUGGCCUGGGUCUUCUGUGAGAUUCUUUAUGGCUCAGAUGUUAACUCCAUCCAUGGCAAUUUAAUACCAACCUUUCACUCUAAAGCAAACAUAUGAGUAAAGAAGUAAAAGACUUCCCUAGGCAAAAUAACUAAAUUCUGUUCAGUUCUUUAUUUGUGUACGGCCCCUUUGAAAUCUGUGGGUUUUAUAAAAGCUGGUUGAAAAAAUGCCAUAUUUAUAGGAAAUUGCCUGGGUGUGAGGGCAGGAGAAGGGGAUCAGAAUUGAAAGUUCCUAUGAAAAAUUGUCACCAGAACUGGAAACGUGUAUUUUAAAACUGGCUCAGUACAGUUUUUGUUUCCAGUUCCUCAAAGAAUGAAAAUGUUCUGAACAAACUGAAAUUUUCCACAAGAAAACGAAUGGCUUGGUUAGAGACAUUUUGGUUGAAAAAUAUUUCAGUGAAAGAAUUAAUCUACCUCCAGAUCGUACAAAGAUGCGAGUGCAGGGUUUGGUGCUGCGUCUUUGGACAGUCGUGGUUGGGGAUGAACCCGUGUGUUAGUGCUAGUUCCACAGUCACAGCCCUGUCCUGGCUGCUGUUAGUCUUUGUAUUUCAACACCAACCCAUAACACUUGCAAGGGAAUGAAAAAAUCCCUGAUUAUUCAACCUUUAGUUUGAAAGAUCUUCAGGUUUCUUCUCACAUGGGAUGACUGCACAUCCUCCAAGCUGUACCAUCAUUUCAUCAGCCUUUAAAGUGACCUAUUCAAUAAGGGAUCACCACUCACAACACUACCAAGUUACACACAGAUACAGUACUGUACAUCAAGGGAAACUCAGAGUUGUCUGAACUCAGGUCAGAAAUGAAGGAACCCUUUUCGGAAACAGGGAAGUCCAUUAACACGCAUCUUUGCAGACUGAUUUAAACUAUUCUCUUUGUAAAUGAAUUCCACACACAUUGGUAGAUAUGUGACUAUCCAUACAAUUGUUACUGUGCUCUUAACAUAGGAAGCACAUGAAGUGGUUAGAGCACAGGAUUCGGAGUUGGAAAUUCUUGGGUCUAUUCCCAGCUUUGCCACUGACUCACUAUGUGACCUUGGGCAAGUCACUUAGCCUCUUUAUGCCUCAGUUUCCCCAUCUGUAAAAUAGGGAUAAUAAUACUUACCUACCUCGCAGGGGGGGGCGGGUUGUUAAUUGGUAAUUGGAGGCUUAGUUAAUCGGUAACGUUUGUAAGCACUUUCAGCUCCUCAGAUUAAAGGCGCUAUAUACAGUAAGUGAAUGAUAUUAGUAGCUGUAGGAUUUACAUUUAUUUUCUUACAACUAAUUCAGGUAAGAACUGAUCUUCGUCAAUUGUGAGAGUUUUCAAUGUAGAAAAUAGCUUGAUUAUCCAGACAGGGGAAUCUAGGGAGAUUUCUGCAAUUGCUUUGUAAUGAGAGCAGAGAGCCCUAGAAGCCUGAACUCUGAACAUCUUUGCUUUUGUGGAUUUAUGUCUCACCCUGAAUGUUACUUUAUUGUAUUUAUUUGUGUCCCAUCCUCUUUUUCUAAUGGUAUAUGUAAUAUACUUUUUAGCAGAAAUAGCAAAGAAAUGUACAUAUUAAGACUUGUAAUAUUUAAGUAAAUAUAUAUAUAUAUAAGAAUAUAAAUAUAAAACCUUACAUUUUGAAGAGAUUCAAAUUGGUUAAUGCACCAGACUUCUAGAAGUCAGGAGGGCUUCAGAUACAACCUACCAUUGAUGCAUGUAUCCAUGGCAGGUAACUGAAGUAAGAAUAGGAAACCUUUUACUAUGUAUUAUUAACUUCUUGAUAUUAGUAUAUCCCCCCAUUGCUGGCAAUGGGAAUCCAAGUCAGAAAACCACCAUUGUUGCCAUGCAGGUGUCCCACAUAAUCAAUAGGAACACGUAUAGCAGUGCACCCAAAGGAAAGAGAAUAUCCAUUUAUUAUGGGAGCUGCAUAACCUCUCUGCAGUAUAUUUAGGGAUGAGAUAUUCCAGACCAAGGUAUGCAAGAAAACAGGCCUUUUACUCCCACUGCUAUCAUGUAAAUGGAGCCCACUCCUGUUCCUAUUGUCAAUGAUAAAUCUCCACUCUCUCUCUUUUGGAGUAGACUCAGAUUCUGAAUCUCUCCUCACCACAUUGGAAAUGUACUCUAGCUAUUGUAUUGAACCAAUGGAGUUAUUUUCCUUCCCUACUCCCAAACAUUGACAUAGAUUUACAUGAGUAUAGAUUAUAUAACUUUUUUCUUUGGCUUCAUCUUGCAUCCAAAUUUUGUGGGCCUUACUCAGGGAAAAGUUCUGUUUGCAGCAGGAAUUUGUGGACAGUUGUUAUAAGAUUUGGCCCUUCAUACCAUCUUGCACUAUUGGCACCCCAUGAAUUCAAAGGAAGCGAACAGAGUGUUAUACGGUGAAGAAUACAAAAGGUGCCAUUUGCAGUCAUUUUGGAGAAGCAUGGAAAAUUAUACGACCACCAACUAUUUCAUGAGCUUUCUAGAAUUCUCUGCUGAUCGCCCUCUUGCGAUAACUCCUUGCACAAUUUCAGUAUUUCAACUUUCCUGGUCUCAGACCAGAAUCCAGAAAAAAGCAAAAAAAUAAAUAAAAUGGACUACUUGUGUAAAAUUACCUAAAGAAAGUUGAAUUCUGGUGAAAUGAUUGGGUCAGUCACCCUUGUAGCCAACAGUUGGGUUGUUACAGUACACUACCAUUAUCAGCAAUAUACAUUUUAAUAAGGAGGCAAUGUACAGAUCCAAAGUCUUAAUUUCCAAAGACACGUGUUGGCCACUCUCUAGUCUACAGUUAAAUGUGGAAACUGUCGAAUACUACUUUUAAAAAUUAUUUGGAUGGAUUAAUUUUAGCACAUGGCAAACCUGUGAACCAUUUGGAAUGAAAGGAUUAAAGGCAUUGCUUAACAACAACAACCCACCCCUUCUGUCCACUUGCAAGACUGGGGUUCAAAAUAUCACUAGAGUACUGCAGCCUUAUGUCAGAGAAGGACAACUGAAGCAUAUUGAAGCAGACAGACAUCCCAAAAAAACCCUGUAACUCCCAAAUGCAAAAUGGAGAAAUUAAUUAGAAGCAGUGAGAUGACAGUGAAUAAGCCACCUCAGCAAUGAGACUUGUAAAAUAAUGCACUACCAAAAUAGUCUAUAGUAGACUAUAGAAAGACUAUAGGACAUGUGCUUCUUGACACUCCAAUACUAUAAUAGGGUCAUAGAAAAUUAGGGCUGGAAGGAACCUCAGGAGGUCACAUCUAGUCCAAUCCCCUGCUCAAAACAGGACCAUCCCCAACUAGAUCAUCCCAGCCAAAGCUUUGUCUAGCCAGGUCUUAAACACCUCCAAGGAUGGAGUUUCUACCACCUCUCUGGCUAACCUGUUCCAGUGCUUUACUAUCCUCUGAGUGAGAAAGUUUUUCCUCAUAUCUAACCUAACCUUCCCUUGCUGCAAUCUGAGCCCAUUGCUCCUUGUUCUGUCAUCUGCCACCACUGAGAACAGUCCAGCUCCAUCCUCUUUGGACGCCCACUUCAGGUAGUUUACAGCUGCUAUUAACGCCCCCCCCCCCCGUCAGUCUUCUCUUCUGGAGACUAAAUAAGCCCAGGUCCCUCAGCCUCCCCUCAUCCAUCAUGUGCCCCAGAACUGUUUUUACUGCCCUUCACUGGACUCUCUCCUAUUAAUGUCCACAUUGUUUCCGUAGUGGGGGGACCAAAACACAGUACUCCAGAUGUGGCCUCACCAGGCCACAUUUACCUUAAGAAGGACCUUUUUUGUUCCAUGCAAACUAGUCCACGUUUCACGUUAUUUGCUUGAUUUGUUUUUCUUUAUGAAAGAGCUACACUCGUUUCCUGAUUUUAGACAGUGAGAGGCAUACAAGGUUAAAACAAAGUUUUCCUUUUUAUUCAUCGUGCACUUUUUUCCUGUAGGAAUGAUUAAUGUCCUAAGUCAUAAUGUGGAAGGAUUCUUCUUAAGAUAGAGCCUUUUAUCUAUAGCUGCAUUUGAAAUAUGGUGAAAUGGAAUACGAUCUUUAUCUUCAGAUCAUUUGAUACUUCUUUUUACUCCACAGGAAGCUCUCUCCUUUGACUUAAGGUGUGCAAAGCCAACCAAAAAGACUAACAAGACAAAACAAACCCUGAUGAAGUGGCUUGAACAAUCUUUUUGUUAGAAGUGACCUUUAAAGCGAUAUCCAGAAAACUUCCAAAAGAUCAAUCUAUAGUGAAGGUGAGCAGCUAUUUAAAACAGCAGCUCCCAUCCUCUUUAAACACCGCCUUUGGUAAACAGUGUGUGUGUUUGUCCACCUUCACAUCGGUAGCAUGAACUGAACUACAAGAUGUAAUUAUUCAGACAUAAGAGAUGCCAAUCUUUCCUAGAGAAAUUAGCUAAUAAAACACUGAAAUCUUUAGGCAACCGAAUUCAAAGGAUAUGCCUUUUUGAAUUUUUAAAGUUGCUGUUUUGAAGCAAGGGGCUUCCUUUGUGGUAGGCUGUGUAGUUUCAUCUAUCAGCUGUUAAUUGGGUUUAUAGAAUAUAGUUUGGGAAUUGCAACCAGCUGGUGUUGGAAAGGGCAAGGAUUGUGAUUGAGAUUUCAGUAUUCUGUUUUCAUACAUGGCAGGUCUAAAGGAAACAGGCUUCUUCUGCAGCCACACUUCCAUUUUGCAUUGACUCAAAUACUAAAUUGCCUCUGCCCAGGGCUUAACCAUAGACAGGAUUUGGAAUUCGAGCACAUUUAUUUUAAUGGCAUUUUACCCCAUAGGACUUUAAAAAAAAGAGGUUGAGAAAGUAGUUCGCUUUUUGAAGUUUUAUCCAAAAUCAUAAUGUACCUUUUUCAGGCAAAAUACCCAGCAGAGAUGGGAGGAAUCAUACGUAGGUAACACUGAGUGAGGGCCUCAACAUUUGGACACUCAGUUGUAGCCUCCUUGCAAACAAACACCCCUCCCUUGCUUCGUUUUAUCUACUUUUCUACUUGCAUAUUUUCAGUCAGCAGUGCAAACUCCAUGCCAUUCCCAACCAUGACACAUGUACAAAUGAAGAGAAAUGAUGUACAUAAUAAAUCUAUUUAUUUAUGUGUAUUUUUAGCUUAAUUGUAAACUGACAAAAAAUAAAAAGCAUUUACUUUUUUCCCAAGAAAUGUAUGCCUAUUGAAAUUCAAGGUGUUUCUACCUUUUCAGAUGUAACAUUUCCAGCUGCCUAUUGAUAAUAAACAUUUAUGAACAGUAA